AGUUCAUGACGGAUGGUCUCUACGUCUACAUGAUUCCACCCAGUUCCAGUGGUGACGGUCUCAUCCGAGUGGACCUGGCAAACUACGGUACUGUGGAAGUCUUGUCGGCGAGUGGACGUGGCCUAAAUCAGGUUGGUUGGUCCGAAGCCGGCUUCAUGGAUGACUACUACGGAUACUUGCCGCCGCAGCAUGAUGAGAGCUUGGUUGUGCGCUUUGACCAGGCCACGUUCCAAGAAUUCCUGACGCUCGAUAUUUCCCAAGCGCACAGCAGUUGCAAGGGCUUCUCAGGAGGUUUCACAGACGGAACCGAUGCCUUUCUAGUGCCAUCGCAGACUUCAUAUGUUUGCAAGUUUGACCUCGCAACUUUUGGUGGAAGCGACGGCUCUGGAAAUCCAGGUACUCUGAACUACUUGAAUCUCCAAGACACUGAUGCAAAUCUUCAGAGUUUCAUGCCUGGAUUCCAGGUGAAUGGCUAUGGAUAUUUGGCACCAUCGUCGAAUGGCAGAUUAGUGAGGUUCCCGACAUCAUUCUCCGGGAUGGUGGAUGUGAUUAAUCUUGAGUUGACUGACUCCGGCUUCAUACAGUUUGCAUCUACCGUCACAGAUGGGACCUACGGCUACUUGGUUCCUUCUUCAAGCAAUGGGAAGGCUGUGCGCUACUCCUUGGACCCUUUCCAAUAUGUGGAUUUCAAGGAUCUCUCUACCAUGUGGU